CUUUAGUUUUGCUCGUAUUCACAAUGACUUUGUUGCGCCACAAAUUUAGAACAAUACUAUCGACAAAGCAUACAUCUACCAUGAAAGUGGUAGAGAUGAAUUCCUCAUAAACGCGCAUAUGUUGCUGAUUUUAUAUUCAUAUCAACUUUUCUUGCUCCCUGUGGUGGCUGGAAUGCAAGACAUGGCGCUUUGGUUAACGAAUGAGGAAAAAGGAAAAAAGAUCACACAUGCCUUGAAAGGCUUCACAGGGGGACUUGGUAUCACUCCAAGGGAAUUAGUUUCCCAAUCUGAGUCUCUUGGUCCUCAUAAAUACUCCAUUAGUACUUUGCUCGUUCAGUCUGCCUGCGAAGAAAUGGGUGCAAUGUAUUCGGAAUUCAAGUUUAGCGGCGCUCUUUUAGACUUCCUAAAGGUGAGCCCAAACGCCCCGUCAGGCAUAAAAUCUGGAAGUCAAUUUACCGUGACAUUCGGACGAGAAUCUAGGGCUUAAGAUACCAAUUCGGGUUCUGUGUCAUAGUACGAUUGUGCGCCAUUGCCAAAUGGCACCGCACGGAGUGUCACAUGGUCAACUAUGGCACCGGUUGACACUGUACGGCUAGUGAUGCCUUUUUACAAUGAAUGGCUCGAUACAUUCAUUGCGAGUCAAAUAA